CUUACCUUGACAGUCAACCAUCGGGGAACCCAUAACAUCAUCGCAAUGGCAGCCAACUGCAUCUUCUGCAAGAUCAUCAAGGGAGCCAUCCCGUCGUUCAAAGUGAUAGAGACGGAGCUCACCUAUGCGUUUCUGGACGUUGGACCUAUCGCUAAGGGACAUACUUUGGUGAUUCCCAAACAACAUGCACAAUUCAUGCACGAGCUCUCCGACGAGAGUCUCGCUGACAUCCUCCCCGUCGCAAAGAAGGUCGCCAAGGCGCUAAAUGUGCCCAACUACAACGUUCUCCAGAACAACGGAAAACUAGCCCACCAAGUCGUAGAGCACGUGCACUUCCACAUCAUCCCCAAGCCCAACGAGACCGAAGGCUUGGGCGUCGGGUGGCCGGGCAAGGAAGCCGACAAGGCUGAGCUGAAGCAGUUGGCCGAGAAGCUGUCUGCUAGCAUGUAGAUUUCUGUAGGCUGGUUGAUCACUUUCAAUAUAAUGUGGCUUUGUAGAUUACGAGUCAUGUAUGUACAUACUAUCCAAGUCCAUAAAACAUCGUUCUAUC